GCGUUUGCAGGUACAUAACGUGUAAUACGACACAACAAAUUCAUUCAGAUAAGACAAUUCUGAUGUCCUCAAUUGUGCUGAACAUCGUCAGUGUAGCGACUGGAACUGUUGUGAACAGCGUUUGUGAUCACGUCGCAGGCCGACUGAGACACGGGGAUUGUACGGACGAAAAAUGUCGACAGUUGAUAGUUCGGGAACUCGACGAAAUAAAGACAAAAAUCGACGGUUUGGCUCGUAAGGAUCUGCAAAGUAGUGUCUGUUUCCUUAAAGAUGGUCUGUGCCUUCUAAAUCAUGCAUUUGAAGGCGCAGCAAACGACAUUGAAGACAAUAAACCCUUGGACUCUUCCGAACAAAGUGAAGAUUCAUCUUUUGCACUUGCAGAACAUGAUGAUGAAUUGCGUUCUCAAAUAUCAGCAUUCAACAAAGCCUUAGCCCGCUCGCCACAGACGCUGACUGUCAGGUCCAAGGAACGUUUUACGUCGGCAAAGUUGUCCUUCGAAAACGCCUAUUCGAAGGCAACCGAAGCCUUCAACAACGAAGCUCUGAGCACGACAGAAAGGAUUUUGGCGACGAAACUACGAGUUGUUUCAAGGAUGUUGCAGUGCUUGCAUGAGGAUCCCGAGAUGGCGAUGGCUUUUUGUAAACUAUAUUUGCAGCAAUUGCACGAACUUCCUGCCGUCAGAAAACGCUUUGUCGUCUUUUUUCGAAACAAAGUGAAGUCAAAAUUGAGCCAAAGAAAAAGAGGCGAAAACAUUCGCUGUGUGAUGGAGCUAAGCUACGCUUUGUACGAAUACGCGAAACUUUUCGCCAGAACCGGUCUCGACGUUUUGGGAAGUUGGCCGAUAAUAAAGCUACGUAGGAAGGCAAUUAAUCCUUUGCUGAUGCCCAAUAAAGUCCUUAAAAAGAUGCUGAAACAUGGCGUACGUUCGCCCAAUCAGUUUCUCUUCGACCAAAUCGACAACUCUUCAUGCAUUGCGGUGAAUAGUAAAGGAGAAAUUGUCGCGAAAAACAACAGCGGAAAUAGUUUAGAAGUGCUUGGGACCGACAGUAAAGUUUUAGGGUCGUUUUGCUUUGAUUCAGAGGCUGACGGUUUUGAAAUACUCGCACUGGCUACGGAUUCGGACGAUUUUGUGUACGCCGUAACUCGUUAUAAGAAUAAGUCACACGAUUUGUUUUGCUACAAGUUGUACAUAUUUGGCGUUGACCUUGGAUAUGUCGAGAAACAGUUCUAUCUGGAGUGUCUUACAGGUGCCGGGGAAGGUCAUCACAUAGUUUGCCUUGCUGUUUGUCCCAGCAGUAAGAAUAUCCUAGUCACAAAACAAGACGACGCGAAGGUCUUUGUUUUUUAUCCCAAUGGUGAGUCAAGAAACAGCUUUGGGCUACAAGCCUGGAAUUUGAUCAGAGAUCUUGAAAUUUCUGCGAGAGGCGAAGUCGCUGCUGCCGAACUUGUGGGAAAGACAGUUGGAAUUUACACGCAAGAUGGGACAUUGAAACAUGAGAUAACGUUGCCCGGCUUACAUAAAGUAUGCGGGCUUGCAUUCGAUCGUGUUGACAAUACUGUAGUGGUCCUUACAGAGGUUCUUACUGGCUGUUUUCAUGAAUAUCGUUUAUUAAGUUAUUCUGAGUCUGGGGAAUUGUUAAGAAGUUUGGUUUUACCACGACAGAAGAAAGACGUUGGUUAUCAUCUGACGUCACAUCCAAAGGGUCCACUGGCUGUGGUACAUAAAACUGGAGUUAUAUUUCUUCAUCAUUGAGUAACCUAAUGCUUGUUACGUUUUGAACUCUCCACCUAUCUCCUAGUAAUUCCUCCGAACGAAAAUUUUAU